ACGGUUAAACCGGAGCGGAAGAUCAGGGCGGCCGGGCACCGGGGCUGGAGGUUUGUGGGUCGGUGGCUGCACCUCCGAGGAGCCGGGCCGGCGUCCUGCGCGGGCCCCGCCAUGCCGACUCGGGUGGAGGACUACGAGGUGCUGUACACCAUUGGCACGGGCUCCUACGGCCGCUGCCAGAAGAUCCGCAGGAAGAGCGACGGCAAGAUAUUAGUUUGGAAAGAACUUGACUAUGGCUCCAUGACAGAAACUGAGAAACAAAUGCUUGUUUCUGAAGUGAAUUUGCUCCGUGAGCUGAAACAUCCAAACAUUGUCCGCUACUAUGAUAGAAUUAUUGACCGGACCAACACGACACUGUACAUUGUAAUGGAAUGUUGUGAAGGAGGAGACCUCGCUAGUGUAAUUUCAAAGGGAACCAAGGAAAGACAGUACUUGGAUGAAGAGUUCGUUCUUCGGGUGAUGGCUCAGUUGACCCUGGCUCUGAAGGAAUGUCACAGACGAAGCGAUGGCGGCCACACUGUGCUGCAUCGGGAUCUGAAGCCAGCCAACGUCUUUCUGGAUGGCAAGCAGAACGUUAAGCUUGGAGACUUUGGACUAGCUAGAAUAUUAAACCACGAUACGAGUUUUGCAAAAACAUUUGUUGGCACACCUUAUUACAUGUCUCCUGAACAAAUGAAUCGCAUGUCCUACAACGAGAAAUCGGAUAUCUGGUCACUGGGUUGUUUGCUGUAUGAGUUAUGUGCGUUAAUGCCUCCAUUUACAGCUUUCAACCAGAAAGAACUAGCUGGGAAGAUCAGAGAGGGCAAAUUCAGGCGAAUUCCAUAUCGUUACUCUGAUGAAUUAAACGACAUUAUUGCGAGGAUGUUAAAUUUAAAGGAUUACCAUCGACCUUCUGUUGAAGAAAUUCUUGAGAAUCCUUUGAUAGCAGACUUGGUUGCCGAAGAGCAAAGGAGAAAUCCUGAGAGAAGAGGGCGGCGAUUAGGAGAACCAGAGAAGCUGCAGGACUCCAGCCCUGUGUUGAGUGAGCUGAGACUGAAGGAAAUACAGCUACAGGAGCGGGAGGCAGCCCUCAAGGCCAGGGAAGAAAGCUUGGAGCAGAAAGAACGCGAGCUUUGUGUCCGUGAGAGGCUGGCAGAGAACAAGCUGGCCAGAGCAGAAGGUCUGCUGAAGAAUUACAGCCUGCUGAAGGAGCAGAAGUUCCUGUCUCUGGCGGGCGGCCCAGAACUCUUUGAUCUCCCAUCGUCGAUCGUGAAGAAGAAGGUUCACUUCAGUGGGGAGAGUAAAGAGAACGUCAUGCGGGGUGAGAAUUCUGAGAGUCAGCUCACCUCCAAGUCCAAGUGCAAGGACCUGAAAAAAAGGCUUCACGCCGCUCAGCUUCGCGCUCAAGCCCUGUCGGACAUUGAGAAGACCUACCAGCUGAAAAGCAAGCAGAUCCUGGGCAUGCGCUAGCCGGGCCAGAGACGCGGACCUGCGCAGAGUACUUACCAGCCGAAACGCAGGCAGACCCUGGGCAUGCGCUCACCGGGCCAGAGACGCGGAUCUGCGCAGAACACUGCGCGUCGCUGGCGCUUUCUAGAUGAAAAAUGGGCUGCUGUAACCUGUUUCUGUGGUUCCGUGAGCCGCACCUUUUCUAGAGUCGGCAGGAUAUUUGGGUAUUAAUCCUGCAUUCCAACACCAAUUCUACCAAAGUCCACACCUUGCAUCUUUCUUCCUUUUGUAAAGAACACUUCAUAGAAAGAAUAACACUUUCUUGGCCGGUUGGGCUUUUAAUCCUGUGAUUACUACUGGAACAUGAAAUGUUAUAUUCUUUUUUUGGGGGAAAUGUUAUAAAUGUAGGGUGAUGGGGAAUAAUAUUAGGAAAAGAUAUUGACUCAGGAGCAGUGCUUACUGAGACAUUUUAAGGGACUGAAUGGUGUGCUUACAGCUGUCGUGUCUAGAGGUUUUAAAUGUUUUAUAAGUUUUAAUAAAAGUCUGAGGUUUUAAAUGUUCUUAGCUUAGAGAAGCCCUAACUGGAUAUAGAUUGGUCACUAAUACCUUGACAUCGAGCUUAUAAAUACCCGCUGCUCUGCGGGAGGAUGGGGAAGAGAAUGUGAUGUUCCCAAAAGCGGUAUAGUGGUGGUUUUUUUUUUUUCUUUUUAUUCUUUUUAGCAGUAUGUGACCUUUCAUUUGUCCACCUCUUUCUCACUAAAUAAAAGAAUUCUUUAGUUUUCCUAUA